UUUUACGAAAUAAUGUGAUUGUGAUCGUUUUUAUCACUUCAGUGAUCCCUUAAUUUGUUUAACCAAAGACCAGUUUUUUUAUUUGAUUUGCGUAGUAGACAGACGUAUACAAUAAAUUAGCGGAUAUAAAUUACAUAAGCGGUGUAUAAAACUGUGCAUUACUACUUAACUGUUUACUAAAUCGUCCCGACAUGCACUUGUUUUAUUUUGUAAUUUACUGCCCGUAAAAAUAGCGAAUCAUUAUGAUGUUACAAUAAUUUAAUGACCUGUUUCUGUGAUAAACGAAAUGAGUACCUCUUCACAAACGUUGACAAAGUGUCUGAUAGAAACUGCAGAUGGGCCUAUUUAUGGAUUUCAAGACGUAAGAGAAGAUGGCACAUAUUAUAAAUUUAAGAAAAUUCCGUAUGCCAAGCCGCCAUUAGGAGCAUUAAGAUUUAGACCACCAUCUGCUGUAACACCAUGGAAAGAAGUACUUGACUGCACACAAGAUGCAGAUUUACCUAUACACUCAAAGGAUGGUGAAAUAUGUGGGUCUGAAGAUUGUCUUUACAUUGAAAUCUCAACAAAAAGUAUCAAACGAGACAAACCACUGCCAGUAAUGUUUUGGAUUGGAACAUACUUGUUUUCAAUAAACAUAGAUAACUACUUUGAUCCGUCAUUAUUGAAUGACCAUGAUGUUAUAUUUGUUAGAUGCGGGUUUAGACUUGGACCGUUAGGAUUUCUUUCUAUAAAUGAGUUCACUGCACCAGGUAACAGUGGCUUGAAAGACCUAGUGAUGGCAUUAAAAUGGAUUCAAAGAAAUAUAGAUAGAUUCGGGGGUGAUCCCAAUAAUGUCACAAUAUUUGGAAGUAGCACAGGUGGCUCAGCUGUUCAUUUACUUAUGAUGUCUCCUAUGGCAUCAGGCCUGUUCCACAAAGCUAUCAUACAAAGCUCUAGUGUUUUAAAUAAUUGGUCAUUAACAAAGAAUCCUUCUUUAGCGGUAAUGGAAUUAUCUAAAAAGCUUGGUGUAACAAAACUAAAUGUGCUAGAAAUGGUUGAAGAGCUAAGACUGUUUAGUGCUGAAGAUAUUAUAAAGGCAACAGAAAGCUUGCAAGAAAAAUUGAUGGGUUCAGACCAAGGCAACAUUUUUGAUUGCAUUUUCAAGCCAUGUAUAGAAGAUGACUUAGAAGGUUUGGCAGCCUUCCUCCCAAAAAGUCCAAUAUUGAUCUUGAAAUCUGGCAAUUUUAAUAAAGUCCCUUUAAUUAUUGGAUCUAAUAAUAUAGAAGGUUCUGUUUUAGAAUACCUAGACAAAGAUUUCUUUUCAAAUUGUAAAAUUUAUGAAGAAGAUGUUGGUUGUUUAGUGCCAAGGUCACUGUCUUGUAAUCCAAAAUAUUCAAAAGACAUUGGUCAAAAAUUAUUCAAUUUUUAUUUAGGAGAAGAUCAUACUUGUGAAAAUAUCAAAACCCAAUAUUUACAAUUGAUCAGUGAUUAUUAUUUCUUAUACUAUGUGAACAAAACUGUUAGGCUCCAUAGUGAGUUUGCCCCUGAGUGCCCUGUAUUUUAUUAUAUAGUUAAUUGUGCAGGUGAAUGGUCUGUACCAAAAGAGCUCAAUUUUUUAAGUAAUUUGGGACACAGUGCUGAAAUCCCAUUCAUCUUUCGCAUUAGAACAACAGACUCUCCAAGUAAUCCUGAGAUAUGCAAGGGCUCAAGAGACUCUAUAGUGACAAGGAGCAGAGUUGUAAAAAUGUGGACGAAUUUCGCUAAAUUUGGAAAUCCUACACCAGAAGAAGAUGACCCACUACUGGAAAUUAAAUGGGACUCUGUUGACAACAAAGAAAAGUUAAACUAUCUUAGUAUAGGGACAGAACUUACUAAAGGCAGGAAUCCAUUCCAUGAAAGAAUGAUUUUUUGGGAACAACUUCAUAAAGACUUUACUUUUUUAAGAAUGUUGGUUUAUUUUAAUGAUAUAGGAGUUGUUUGUGUUCUUCCGUCCGUAGUCGAGAAGCAUGAUGACACAAGUGAUGAACGCGUUCAGUCUGCUAUUGUGGAAGUUGAACAACUUUCGCAAUGGCCCGUUAAAGGAUGGGUGACCAAAAGUUUACUAUAUUGA